AGCGUGUUGAGGAAGCCGAAGCUGCAAAGGCUGCCCAAAAGGGUCGAAUAUAUAAAGGUUAUAAAAUAGGUAAGCCUCAACCACAAUAGGAGUGAUUGUGUUGCGAAAGGGCAUAUUCGUUUAAUGGUGUACAGCGAGCAAAACACGGGCUAAUGAAAGAUCACAUUUUGAGAAACACCUUUGUUUGGUCAGAAUAAUUUGUGUGUUAAUCCUGAAUGUAACAUUUAUGCGGAUUGAAGGAUUUUAAAUGGCCAGCAAUAAAAGCAGCAAAUGUUACUUUAAGGAUUAACACUAAAGUUGUAUUAAAUCGAGAGUUGUCCUUUUUAGUGUGUGGGAAAAUUAAAACCCUGGCUUUUUUUUUUGUUUAAGAAAAAAGUGAUUCUGCAUUCAGUAAAAGUUGAAAUGCUGUUGAAAGUGGAGCCAUUUCCUGCUUGCAAAUAACCUCACAGUUAAGUGACCUAAGAGUCGGUGGGCUACAUUAAAUAACUACAAGAGUGGACUUGUUUUUGUUGUUUUUUUUCCAAAGUAAAACUGUAUUGUAGAUAUGUUAAAUUAACAAAGCUAAUAAAUAUGUGUACCAUUAAUUUCUGGCAAAGCCUGAAUCUCUGAAACCUCGUUAGAAACUUUUUCUUGAAAGUUCAAAAUCAAAUUUGUAUGGGAAGCAGUUUUCAAUUCUUCAUCUUAAACUCAAUUCAACUGAUUUGACCAUUUGAUUUGCUGCAUUUUGACAUCGUCCAGUUUGGAUUUUGGAUAUUGGACCUCGGUUUCAUUUGGAUCAUGGACGUGUUUUGCGACCUCUUCAUACUGCGUGAACUCAUAAGCUGCUGAUAUACAUGUCUCUGUUAUGUUCAUCGUUUGGAUUGAUUUAUUUUCAGAUGUAAAUAUGGCAGUGGAACGACGGCAAGUUAAACCUCAAUCCCAGCCGAGCCCCCCACGAAGGGCCCCAUACGGCAGUUAUGGAGACAGCAAGGAUCCUCGGCCUCGAUCCCGCUCACCUGCUUAUGGACGAGAUGGACGGGAGCCACGGGACAGCCGCGAUGGGAGGGACUCUGGUCGAGAGCCAAGGCCAGGCGGUCACUCCCGUGACAAUGAUUACCGCUACCGUAGCUCAGAGAGCAGAGACAAGGACGUCAGAGGAGACCCACGAGACACAAGAGAUCCCCGAGACCCACGAGAUUCACGAGACCCAAGAGAUUCACGAGACCCACGAGAUCCUGCGUACAGGAGAGAUGAUUAUGACAGAUACUUACGCAGCAGCAGUGGUGCAGAAGACUUUUACCGGAGGAAGGAUGAACCCUACAGGGAUCAAUUCAGAGAUCCAUGGAACGGACGACGUGAGCCUGAGGCAGACGACCGUGUCCGACCUGAAGAGCGGCGGCGUAAUGAACUGUAUCGUCAGUAUUAUGAAGAGCUGCAGCGGCGCUAUGACACCGAUCGUCCCGUUGACUGCUCUGUGAUAGUCGUCAACAAGGCACAAAACUUUGAACACAACUGUAGGGAGUAUGCCGAGACGGUCGGGCGGAAGGUCCGUGACUUGGGCAUGGUGGUGGACUUGAUCUUCCUCAACACUGAAGUGUCCCUCACUCAGGCUCUGGAGGAUGUAGGCCGAGCCCGCACUCCCUUUGCUAUCAUCAUUACCCAGCAGCACCAGGUGCAUCGCUCCUGCACUGUCAACAUCUUGUUCGGCACACCGCAAGAACAUCGAAACAUGCCUAUGCAGGACGCCAUGAUGCUCGUCGCCCACAACUAUGACACAUACAAAGUAGAAAACCGUGAAAAAGAACGAGAGGAGAUUGCCAGAAAAGCAGCCAAGAUGGCAGACGAUGUGUUGCUCAGGGAGCCUGACAGAGAGAGCCACCCCGUUUCUGUUCUCACUGCCAUCACUCUGCUGACUGAAAACAGAUUUUUGACUCCGGAAGAACUGGAAGGUCUCAUUGCCUACCUGAAGGACAAAAGAACCCGUCUGGUGCGAAGUGCUGCGGAUCCUCUUUCAGCUCCAGUCCAUGUCACAACUCCUGUGGAAGCCCAGUCCCCGGCUGUAGGACUUCCUCCGUCCUCCCACUCUGCUCACUCAGCCUCACAGUCCAGCCACCUCGGCCUGACCGCUGCGAGCGGCAGCUCGGCGAAUCCCAGCCAUCAGCAGGAACUGCAGGCAAAAAUCCUCAGUCUGUUCAACAGUGGCACCGGGGCGGGGUCGAGUGUCGGCGGCAUCUCCUCCGUCUCCCCACACCCGUCAUCCUACGGUUCCCUCGGCCCGCCCACUUCCCACAACCCCUCUCGUCCAGCCAUGUCCGCCCCGCCUCUAGCUGCACCCCAGGGUUAUGGCGCCCCGUCGGGACGCAUGCCAGUCGCACCCGGUGGUCAAAGGCCUUCCAACUCUACUUCAGGUAUCAAUUUUGACAACCCGAGUGUCCAGAAAGCUCUUGACACGCUUAUACAGAGUGGACCAUCUCUUAAUCACCUGGUGGGACCUGGGGCUCCUCAGCAGCCACCCCCCAGACCGGGACCCAACAUGGGCCAGGCCCCGAGUAUGUCCAUGUAUCCUCGACACUACUGAAGGGUGUGGGGAAUUAAUUAUGUGUCCUAAUGAGAGUUUCUCUUACACAAGUAAACGCCACAUCAAAUCUCUGGAGUGAAUUUACCAGCUGUGUAUAGGUAGACUGUAGGAAUGUUUUUGUAAACGCUUUUAAUUUUUUUUUGUUUUCUUUUUUUUUUUUAUCUUUUUACUCUGGGCAGUGUUCUCAGUGGGUUUAACUUGUUCAGACUACUUCUCGAUCUGUAUUUUCAAUUACUAGCUAAUAGAUAACUGAAUCUUGUUACAUGAAGAUAUGUUGCAUGUGUUGUAUAAUUUAGACCCUUAUAGAACACCUCAGUUUUUUUUCCAACCAUGAUCUGUCGUGUUUUAUAGGUUUUUGCACAGUUUUAAUUUGUAACACGUUUCAUUGUCAAAACAAUUGUGAUUAAAAACUCAACACAGUUGCUGUAAUAAAAUGGUAUUGGUUUAUUGCA